AUGCCUGCACUUGAUCUACGGCCUACCCGUAAAGGCCCCCUGGGGCUCGAUUCUGUCCCCGAGAUCCUCCGCCCGUUGAUUCGGGCCUAUCUUUUGGGCUAUGCAUCUGCCGUUGCGCCCCGGCUCUUGACGUUAGUGUUACAGCAUGUUGCCAAGAGGAGACGAAAGACAGCCACCCAACUCUCUCUGGACCUUGAUGAUAGCUCGUUCUUCAAGUCUGUAUUACGCAUAGUGAAGACUGGAUUCAAUCCACAGCGAUUUCCAACUUUCUGUGCUAUUUUGGCCGGUGGCACUACUAUCUUGCAGGAACCCUUGAAGAAUAUUCUAGAGAAAACUGCCAAAGGUCUCAGUGAGGCAGGUCGUUUGAGACUGGCGAGAUGGCUAGCUACGUUCCUUGCUGCAUGGUUUGGUCUGCGUCUUCUGCACUCCUACAAGGGCCGAGCAUACACAGAAACAGUGCCGCCGAAGGCGGGAUCGGCCCCUGAUGCGGAACCUCAGACUGUCAGGUUCGCUGGCCGAACAAUGGAUCUAACCCUGUUUGCUGUUACUAGAGCCCUCGAUGUUGUUGUUGGGGAUGUUUGGGCAAGGCAUAAGGCCCGACGCUGGGUCUCCAACAAGUGGACAAAGACCGAACGAUUCGUUUCCAGAUUCGUUGACCCCCUGGUCUUUGCUGCCUCCUCAGGCCUUGUGAUGUGGGCUUGGUUCUAUUAUCCAAAACGGCUUCCACGGAGUUACAGCAAAUGGAUCACGUCGGCAGCCUCCGUGGAUCUACGUCUCAUUAAGGCCUUUCGACGUUGUCACACAGGCGAAUUUCAGUAUGGCAAAGAGACGGGACAGGCACAUCUUCUUCAGGGAAUGUGCGCUGACUAUGAAUGGCCCCUUGCCUGGGGAGAUCCCGCCGUUGUCGUGCCCAUUCCGUGUCAAAUGGUUCAUAUGUCGAGCGGGCCUUCAUGUGAGUGCCAUGCCAUCAGUCGUUUCUGGCGGUCUUGGAAGUGGUCAAUGGCCACAUACCUACCCUUGACACUCACCCUCACUCUACGUAACCCGUCCCGCAAAGCUUUGCGUCGGGCCAUUGCCUCAUCUUGCCGUUCAUCUAGUUUUCUCGCGACCUUCAUCACCCUUUUCUACUAUGGCGUCUGUCUUAGUCGCACACGCAUCGGACCUCAGCUCCCUGGCGGCACCACUACUGAGCGUCGCCAACAGAUGGACAGUGGAAUUUGUGUUGGCACCGGCUGUUUUCUCUGUGGUUGGAGCAUUUUGAUUGAGACAGAAAGCCGGAGGAAGGAUAUCGCAUUGUUUGUGGCCCCGCGAGCCCUGGCUACGGUCCUACCUCGACGAUAUUCGCUGGACAAGGAGUGGCUAGAGAGACUGGCGUUCGCAAUCAGCACAGCAAUCGUAUUUACCUGCGUUUCAGAAAAUCCCGACCGAGUAAGAGGUGUUUUUGGAAAGAUGCUCAAAAUGGUCCUCAGCGCAUAG